AUGAAGAUUGCAGUGAUCGGGGCAAACGGUGAGACCGGUACAUCUAUCAUCGAUGGUCUUCUUGAACACCCUCACCCUUUUGAAAUCACUGCUUUCACCCGCCCUACCUCCCUGCAAAGCUCCGCGAAUCAAGCGUUCCGUGCUCGCGGCAUCAAUGUACAGCCUCUUGACAUCACGGGCGACGCCGCCGCCCUCGUCAAGGCCUUUACUGGGAUUGAAACCGUCGUUUCCGCUGUCAACUUCGCGGGCCUACCCUCCGAGCCUGCAAUCGCCACUGCUGCAAAAACCGCGGGUGUUGCCCGCUUUGUCCCCUGCUUCUUCGCCACUGUUGCCCCCCCAAAGGGUGUCCUGGCCUUACGCGACAUCAAGGAGGACAAUCUCAACCACAUCAAGAAGCUCUACUUGCCCUACACCGUCCUCGACAUCGGCUGGUGGCAGCAAAAUACGCUCCCACUGCUCCCUUCAAAGCGCAACGCCUACGUACAUGUCGGCCACCCAAAUGUCAUCAUUGGCACAGGGUCAGUCCGCUUCGCCAGUACUCAUCUGGGUGACGUUGGUCGCCUCCUCGCCCGCGUUAUCCUCGAUCCUCGUACCCUCAACAAAUCUGUUUUCGGCUUCGGCGAGUUAGCUUCCCAGACCGAAAUAUACGACCUCUUCGAACGACUGAGCGGUGAGACUAUCGAGCGUUCGUACAUGGACGAACAAACCGUCGCCGCCAACUUGCAAGAAAUGCCUAAGUCAGCCUUGGGCACGCCUGACUGGUUCAAGCGCUCACAAUUCGAGUAUUGGAACACCUGGGGGGUGCGCGGUGAUAAUACUCCUGAGAAGGCGGCGUACCUGGGCUACCUCGACGCGCGCAAGCUAUACCCGGACAUGAAGCUACGAACAAUUGAGGAGUAUAUCAAGGAAGUAUUGGCGGGGAAGGCAAAGGAGUACUAUGUAGAGAUGAAGGCUGCCGUAGCUGCCGGGACUAAUUCAUAG